AGCAAGAAUCCAGUCUGCCCGAAUCCAGAGGAAGAAGAAGAAGCAGCUCUGCAAUGUCAUUGGUUGUUUCAUCAGCAUGCUGUUUGAAUGGGAAGCGGAAGUUGACUGAGUAGUUCAAAGGAAGCUAACUACGGCGAACGUCCUUAGUAUAUGUAAGCAACUGUAAGACGUUACUCAGAAUUGCAUUUAAAUCGGCCGAUAACAUAAUGUUUAAAGUCAGACCAACUUUGUCCUGACUGUGUAACAAACAUUUGUACGAAAAGGAAUCAGUUUGAUGAGGGGGCACCUACAGCUGGCAGGAUGCAUGACAAAAGGAACAUCCAGAUCAUCGAGUGGGAGGACCUCGAUAAAAGAAAGUUCUACUCUUUCGGGGUGUUCAUGACGAUGAGCAUCCGGGCCACCGUCUACCCGGCGACUCUGAUCCGCACCCUGCUGCAGGUGCAGAGAGGCACGUCACUGUAUACCGGCACCUUUGACGCGUUCUUCAAGAUUCUGCGGGCUGAGGGUGUUCGAGGCCUUUAUCGUGGCUUCAUGGUCAACACCCUCACACUGAUCUCAGGCCAGGCUUACAUCACCACCUAUGAGCUGGUGAGGAAGUAUGUCUCCCAGUAUUCUGAUGACAAUACGGUCAAGUCCCUGGUGGCGGGCGGCUCAGCCUCUCUGGUGGCUCAGAGCAUUACUGUUCCUAUAGAUGUGGUCUCUCAGCAGCUGAUGAUGCAGGGCCAAGGGGAGCACCUCACCCGCUUUCGUCUCAAUGCUGACAGUAAGAACUCAAAACAAAUGUUCGGCCAAACCAGGACCAUCAUGUCUCAGAUUUUUGCUGCUGAUGGUUUCCGGGGCUUCUACAGGGGAUAUGUGGCAUCUCUGCUCACCUAUAUCCCAAACAGUGCUGUCUGGUGGCCUUUUUAUCAUUUUUAUGCUGAGCAGCUCUCUAAACUGGCUCCCAGUGACUGCCCUCAUCUGAUUCUACAAGCCAUGGCCGGACCUCUGGCUGCCGCUACUGCCUCAACUGUCACCAACCCAAUGGACGUGGUCAGAGCCAGAGUGCAGGUUGAAGGGAGAUCUUCUGUCAUCGAGACGUUCAAUCAGCUGAUCAAAGAGGAGGGCUGUUGGGGGCUGACCAAAGGACUCUCCGCACGCAUCAUCUCGUCCACGCCCACUGCCAUCGUCAUGGUGGUCGGCUACGAGACGCUGAAAAAAAUGAGUUUGCGACCGGAGCUGGUGGACUCAAGACACUGGUAGAAAAAAUAUGCACUGAUGACAUAUGGACCACGUGCCAUUUUAGCCCUAAUGAGACCUCAUAUAAAAACUCUGGAUUUUUUUUUUAAAGAACAACCUGGGGAACAAAAUGAAAUCAGGCCACUUUUGAAUCACAGUACCUGUGUGUCCGACAUUAAUUAUGUGAUCAUUCAAACAUAUUACUUGUAGAUUAAAAACCUUUCGGCCAUUAACAUUCACACCAGAUCCAGGUUCAGGUUGUAUUGCUGCUUAACAUGGCUGUUGCUAUUUUUAAUGUACUUUUAAAGGGGUGAAUAACAUGUUGCUUUUACACUGGAAGAUGCAGACACAUUUAUCCAACUUUUAGACAAUGGAUUUUUCACGCUUUACUAUCAUGUUCAAGCUUCUUUGCGGUGGAGGAAAGUGAUUCCUGAUAACAUGUUUUUAUCUUAGAUUGUUUGUGCUGUUGGGCAUGCAUACAAAAAAAGACUGGUUUUGAUCAGGCUUCAGAGAAAAGUAAUUUAAUGUAUGAUGACGCAUUCACGUCAGAAGUAAACAGGUUUUCAAAGUGCUUGUUUUCCUUCACUUUGUCACUGGCAUCUAUGUAUAUUUAAUUUAAUUUUGCCUUUUAAAAAGAUAUUUGCCUUCAUAGUAUAUUCAAGAUGCAAAAUCUGCUUUUUGUUUUGCUGAAUGUGCGAGAAGAAGAAGAGUAGAGUUACAAUCUGUGUGUCAUGGCAGCCUGUGUUGUCGGUGUAUUUAAUUGACUGUUUUGUACGCUGCACAAACUGAGUCCAAGCAAAUUAUUUGACAAAUUCCACGCAAAACAGAAAAAAUACAUAGAGUACAAUAUUUGAUCAGCCUUUUUGUAACAUACUAAUAUGCUGGCUGUUUGAUAUUGUAAAACAUAUUGCAAUGAUCGCGCUGGUCAAUAAAUUAUUUUGUGUACUGGUAGCUUCCAGGAAUUGGAGAAUGAUUGAAGUUGUUUUGUGCAAUAUUCUAAAUGUGUUAUCCUUUUUCGGCACAAAAUGUGAUUGUGUAUUACAUUGUGUGAAUAACGUGAUAAAGGAAUGCAUUAUACCUUA